UCACCUAAAUAUUAAUGACGAAACUUAGAUGAUAAAAAAAAAGAUAAAAAAAUAAAUAAAAAAAGAAAUACAGCCGACUAAUUAUGAUCUAAAAAAACGUGCAAAGAGUCAUAGUUUACUGUAUAUAUAUAUAUAUAUAACUUAUCUAUUAAGCCCGUAAUGAUAAUGAUAACAAAUAUAUUGUUAUCAAGUAAAAUCACUAUACGAAUCAUAUUAAGUACUUCAGUACAUUUAAAAAGUUCAUAACGUCAGUCUAAAAAAAAUUUUUUAAGAUAUAUUUAUACUGAAAGUGUCUAUUUUUUAGUGUUUUAUAAAAAAAAAAAUGGAUAAUUUAGAAAAUUUACAGUUGCAAUUAUAUAUAGGCUGCGGAGUUGUUGCCUGCUGUCUUGUCUUGAUUUUAACUUUGAUAAUUGUUCUUUUUAUAAAAGUUAAUGAUUUAUCACGCAAUAGAAAUGGAAUGAAUCGUGACUUGGAUACAGACUUUUGUUACUCGAAUCCGGCAAUAAUACCUGGUGAAGAAUUAUCAAGACGUGGUUACUCAAUGUACCGCGCACCUGAAAAUCCAAUUAUAUCACAGACAAAUAUAAAAAAUAAAUAUGGAAAUUCGCGUGAAUCUUUAUCGAGGUUUUAAUAAAUAAACAAAAAAAAUUAAUUAAAUUUAUAAAGAAGCUAAAAAAUUUUGUUUUUUUACUUCUAUUUUCUAUUGGAAUAUUAAAUACUUAGUAAAUUAUUGUCACUUUCAUCUGUAAUAAUAAUAAUUGAUAAUAACUUUGUAAUUUUGUUAUUUUUAUAUAUCAUAAGUCACUAUGAUGUUGAAAUAAAUAUAAUUGAAUUAAAAUAUAA